GAAAACGUGUUUCGGAUUCUUGUAUCGACGCGCGCCAACCUUUAUUCGGACUAGACCGUAAUGGCGCGCGGAAAGGGGCUCUCUCAUUGGAGUUUUAGAAUGUCUUGAAGAAAGGGAUGCCAACCCAGGCCGCCCUCGGUUUGGGCUGGCGUUUGGCGUUUGGCGUUUGGCGUUUUGAGUCUCCUCCAACUUGCAUCCUGUCAACAGUCCAACUGCUCAGUUCGCUUUCCAUUCCUAUGCUGCCUGCAACUCCGAGAUGUGCACAAAAACUAGGAAAAGUAAUAUCAGGUGACAUUGGCGGCAAGAAUAGCAGUCUUUGGCGCCUCAGCUUAGCGUCCUUUGCGGAUCAUUCGUCUCGGUUGGAUUUAGAUGGUUCCCAUGGUCAAGCUCCUGUGAUGGACCCUGGCAAGCCUGGGAUCUAUCCGUACUCUUAGUGAACACUGAAAACCCACGCCUCUUCCUCUGAUGUGGGGGCCAACUCCAUAUUGGCGCGAGCCUCCACUUAUAAUCAGAUAUCCCCUUAUAGAAAACAUCCAUGAUCCAGAGAGGAGUAGCCUUCCAAUUGACUGUGCUCGGAUGACUUGCGGACACUGGCUUCAACGAUAACGGAAUUGCGCUUGUCGUUGUCGCAACCAGCCAUCGCUGUCGUCUCUCUCUCUCUCUCUCUCUCUCUCUCUCUCGUGAUAUUACCUCAGCGUACGCCUACAAAGACUCAAGAACCAUGAUCGACGAUAGCUG